GGCUCGUCCGGGGCGCGUGACGCGGGGCGCUGGCAAAUGGGGCGGGUCCGGGCGCGGUUCCUGGUGGAGGCUCGUCCGGGCUCGUGACGCGACGCGCUGGCCAAUGGGCUGUCCCCAGCAUGGUGGACCACCUGAUCCCGGUGGACCGGACUUUCUCGUGCCUGUCACCCCGGAGGCCCGGUGACAUCGGUGGCCUUGUUGGUGGCCUUGUUGGCGGCGUUGGCGGCCACCCGGCGGGCGUGCGAGGCCCCCGCAGGCUGCCGUCCCCGAUCUCCGAGGACGAGAGCGACCCGGCCAGCCCCUGUCCCUGCGCCAGCCCGGACCCCUGUCCCCGGCCGGGGCGCACCUGCCCCGACCGCAUCCUGCACUUCCUGCUGUCCCAGGCCACCCUGGGCGGCCCCGAGAGAGGCGGGGGCGCCGGCGGCAGCCCCGUGGUGGCCUGGGGGCCCUGGCCGGCGUCCCCCGGCCCCGCGGAAGGGGACGGCCUCUACUUCCCGCCCGGGUGGCAGCUCGGCGGCCUUGGGGACGCGGCCCGGCCCUUCCAGCCCACGCUGGAGGAGAUCGAGGAGUUCCUGCAGGAGAACAUGCUGCCCGAGGCCGCCGGGGCCCGCGGGGACAACGGCGAGGGGGACCCGGAGCUGCCCCGGGCCUCCGCGGAGGCCGGCCUCCACCGACUCGAGCCCGGCCUCCACGGGGCCGCCCCUGCAGGCCGCCUUUCCCCGAAGCCCGGCGACCACAGCGUUGACAAUGACAAAGAGGACAGUGGCCCUGCGGGCGGCGGCGGAGGCGGCGGAGGCCGGCAGCCUCAGGGCCUCGGCCCGGCCUCCUCUGUGGUCCUCCAGUUCCAGCCCCUGGCGGCCAGGCCCGAGCCGGGCGCGGCCCCGGACCCCGGGGUCCCCGUGGCGGCCCAGGUGCUGGUGACCAUCCAGGGCCAGACCUUCGCGCUGGUGCCCCAGGUGCUGGCCUCCGCGUGCCCGGCCUCGCCCCCCUGCCCGGCCUCCGCCCCGGGCCUCCCGUCCAAGUUCGUGCGGAUCGCGCCGGUGCCCAUCGCGGCCAACGCGGCCGCCGGCGCGGGGCGGCGAGGGGCGCGCCGCGGCCCCAAGGCUUCCCCAAGGCGCCCGGGCGCGAGCUGGCCAAGACUGCACCGGUGCCCCUUCCCCCCGCUGCGGCACAUAAGACUACACCAAAGAGCAGCCACACCUGAAGGCGCACCUGCGGCGGCACCCGGCGAGAAGCCUCGCUGCACUGGCCAGCUCGCGCGAGGUGAGGCCGGAUGGGAGGCCGGGGUCCCCCCUCCUGUCCCCCUCCCGGUCCCCCCGGGUCCCCCGUCCCGAAGGCGGGUGGGUGACGGCAAAGCCAAGGGCGGGAGCAAACAGGUGGCCGCGGCCCGGGUGCAAGUGUGA